CAAAUUCAAUUAUAGAACUUAUAAAAUUAAAAAUAUUAGAAUUAGAAAAUUUAGAAAAUUUUAAUGAAUAUUCUAAUAAUUUAAUUUCUAAAACAAAUUUAUCUUUAUUAGAAUUUUUUGCAAAAUUAGCAAAAAUUUAUUUAAGUAUUCCUGUAACUUCAAUACCUUCAAAAAGAUUAUAUUUAGCAACAA